AUGGCCCACAAGCGUCACGAGCCUGAGGAUCACAAGGACACAGUCAACGGGCUUGUCUACAAGAAGGCGAAAAUGGGAGAAUACACCGAUUUCGCUCUGGAAUGUGACGGUGUCAAGAUUCCCGUCCAUAAAGUGAUCGUCUGCUCUCAGAUACAAGCAUUCGCAGCUGCCUGCGCCGGUGGCUUCAAGGAGGGUUGUUCCGGCAUCUAUCGCAUUGAAAAGUUUCCGCUAUCCUCAGUACGCCACCUGGUACAAUUUCUCUAUACCGGAGACUAUGAUCUCACCACCGACGCCGAUAAGGGUCCUUCAGACCAGAACCCCGUGCUGCCUCCCUCUCUUUCUCCCUCCGCCGCCACUACCGCUGCUGUCACCACUGCUGCCGUCGCCGCAGAUCUCUCGAAGAACCUCGUUGCACACAUUCAUAUGGCCGAGAUGGCGGAUUACUACCAUGUACUGGGACUCAAAGAGCUCGUUCACAAGAAGGUUGACGAGACGCUGCGACUGCCCUGGUCCCCAGAGGGCUUUGCUGACGCGGUGAACAUGGCUUUCAAGAUUGCCAAUGACGACGUACUUCGCGAAAGGCUUGCAGCGACCGUCACCGACCAUCUCGACGAUUUUAUAGGGACCGACAAUCGCAUCAAUCUCUUCACGCACGAUGCAUCUUUUCGAGUCCUGCGAAUCUUGAACGGGAAAAUGAAACAGUCGGUGAGACGGGCUAGGGAAUCGCAGAGACGAACCAAGGAGUCGCUUGAGCUUCAGACUGGCCUCGCACAGCAAUUGCGAAGCGAGCGUGACUUGGCAAAUGGGUAUCAUUUGGUCGUGACGCAUUACCAACAGGGAUCUACUGUUGAAGUCACCAGCACCUGCAUGAAGUGUCGGGCUGUUGCAACCAAAACCUACCAUCCUGGCGGUUUCAACAUCACGUGUAAUUGCCGCGCGGCGUUGAAUCGAUGA